GCCGAGCUGAGUCUUGCGUUGAUGAUCUUAGUAUUGACUUGAGAGCGGCGAUGCCACAUCCAGCUUCGGUUGGGAAGGGGUUGCUUGUCGCCAGUCAGCGACCCGUGAGCUAGCCCUUGAUCUUCAGGUAGUCGAGGAUCACCCGCCUCCUGGCCUUUGGACGACAAUACGCGGGCAUGGGCUUCUGACGCAGCCAAUGCAAUCAAUCAGCUGUCAUACAGACCUCGUCGUGGGACUGGCGCCGUAAUUGGAUGGGGUGGUUCUUCUCGUGUGGUGGCGCGCGCUACUGUUCAUUCAAAGUAGAGUACUCAUGCGUCAGAGCUAAUACUUUGGAUGAUGCCAGUGAACAAGUCUGCAUCAGCAGGGGUCCCGAUUUGGACCGGGUGAGCUGGUGGCAGCUGGGCGACAAGCGAAAUCGAAGUGCUUGGAUCGUUCCUUCCCUUCAAUUUGGGUGCGAAAUGGAAGCCUCCUCAUGGUAAGGCAAGUACCUGUCCAGUCGCGCCUGCUUUAGCACCUAGGCCAUCAACAAUCGUGUUCAGCCGCUCCGGCUUCCACGUCUUAGGUUUAAUUCUGCCGAUAGUCAACGUGUGAAGCCACGCUCGUCUUGAGAAGAACAACUCUCGGAAAGCCAGCAGGCGCCUGUCAAAACUUGGCUCCACAGCGCUUGUGAAGCAUCGUUCGGGUCGGCUGUGCCUCCAUGGAGUCGGGCGAAGCCGCAAGCAACAUCCUUGACCCUUGGCCAACGUCUGCAGAUGGAAAUGAGUGGGACGGCAAGGGACUACUGGACCUGGUCCAGCGCGGCGAGAGUCCAUUUAGGAAGAGUCUGGAUAUCCGCGCUUUGAUUGUCGAGAUCGAGCAGAGCCUCAAGUCGAGUGUCCUGGACAUUCCCAUGGCCUACUUUGGAGCGCACCACUUUGGCUUUCACGUGGUUCUCAAAGCCCGGUCCGAUGUUAUCGUCCGAGUGUCGCGCGAGGACACAUGCAACCGGGCAUAUCGCGGAUCGAUCACGCAACAGUUGCAGCUGCUCAACAGUCAAUUUGAGCUCGACGUUUACCGAGCUCUGGUACCUCUAGGGAGCCCGUUCAAUUGCGGGCCGGUGUAUCACCGUGAUCCGGUACUUGCAGCCGCUCGUUCUACUUCCUCUGUACGCGGCGUUUCCGGUCGCAGAAUAGUUGUCUUCGAAAGAGCAGAGGGCGAGAAAUACGACUACGUGCGAUGGCGGGCAUUAAGCGCCGAACAGAAGUCUCGCCUGCUGCGAGAGGCUGCAGAUGCUGCCGCGCGGCUCUUCGAAUUUGAGCCAUCACAAGCCUUCUCUUCCACCUGGAUGCGGCGUCGGGCAUCUGGCCUCGACUUCCAGUCUCCGCCUGCGGAUUUCCCGGCGAGCCGCCAAGCAUGUGAGGUCUUGCUUAAGAACAAAGUUCGUGACACUGUUCAACGCGCGGCGUCCAACUACCAUGGCAUGAAGAAGUCGCAGCUCAGUCGUCUUGAUACUCUGGAAAAGACUUUACAGCAGCUCUGUUCGUGCCUUCUUCCACAGCCACGCAGCUACCAGGAUGAAAAUAUGCUCUAUCGUUUCGUUCUGGAUCAUGGCGACUUUGGGAUACACAACAUGACAAUCGCACCAGCCGAUGCCGACAACAUGCGUAUAACUUCCGUCUUUGACUAGGAGGAAGGGGCGGUUGUUCCGGCAUUGUUGUCGGAGCCGAAGAUGAUUGUCACAGCUGACCUAGUCUUAAGUGAGACUCUUGAGCCGUCCAUUACUCGAUGGGGUGACGGCGACACGCCCGGAAAGAUGGCUGAAUAUACGAUUUGGUCAAAGGAAUAUUACAAAGUAACAGUCACCACAUCGAAGAUUGCCUCUGCAAAGCUCUAACAUACAGAGCUAGGCACUGUUUUCUCGGGCUCCGAUUUACGAACAAGUUCUCGAAGCUGGGCGCGAUGCCCGUUACCUUUGGGCUUCUCUAGGUCGCAUCGACAAAGGCGAGGUGGACGUGCCGCACAUGGUCGAACAGCUGGCUGGCUGGGCAGCAGUUAAGAGCACGGAACUAGAGCGGCGGAAUGGCGAAGGCAGCAGCUAGGGACCAUUCCAGGCAUAGAGCAGACCUGACCCUUUAAGCACUCUCGUCAACAUAACAGAGAUUCAAGACGACUUGUCGGUCUCUCGGCAGCUCAAGCGACGCCCACGGCUGGACGAAGUACAUGUGCAGGGUAGUGAGGUGAAGUGGGGCCCCUGCCCGCGGAGUCAGCGGAGGCCGAUUUUGGGAAGCCAGUUCGGAGUAAGAGGGUAGCUUCAUGCGACUAAACAGUACCUCGUCCAACCAGACGAAACGAUUGGUGCCCGUGUCGCGUAGUUCAUGUUUUUCUGAACCAUUGACUCGGCUUCGCGG